UGCUCGUUCACGUCGCUCCGCGACGCACGUUCAAGUGGACUACGUCCCUCUGCGUCAUUUGCGCGCCGCCUCGCUCCUGAUGCACUUUUCCCCCCGAAAGCCCAAAGAUAGAUGUUCCGAUUUCAGUCCCUGGAUGAAGACUGUACGUUGGAGGAAGAAGACGAGGGACUGGUAGAAGAGGAAGAUGAAAUCAAUCAGUUCAACGAUGACACCUUCGGAGCUGGGGCCAUCGAUGACGACUGGCAGGAGGAACACAAACGCCUUGCUGGGCUCAAUGACAGGGAUGGGUUAAGAGCGGAGCUGGGUUUGGGAGGACGGGGAAUGGGAGGAGAAUUGGAUCUCGGCGGAGCUGAGGACUCAUCCUCCACUCAUCUCCCUUCCUCAGUGGGCCAUCUCCCACUUCCAUCUUCCCUCCCUUCACUACAAUUCUCCUUGUCUUCCGCUGGACCACAUCCAGAUGUGGAGGAUCGAGGAGGGGGAGUUGACUUGGCUGAGUCCUUGGCCAGACUCAUCCUGGAGGCUGACCCGGCCAUCGCUGGGGUUGGAGCUGCUGAGAGACCGGGUCCAUUCCCCAGCUCUUCACGUUCCAGCCUGUCUGCUCUACAGGGCUUGGACAGACCCAGAGUUCUCCCCCAAUCCUCUGCCAUCCCUCAUCCCACUCAACCACACCAGCAUUCGCAUCACCAGCUAUCUCCUGGUCCCUCUGUCUCAGGCCUUCCUCCCGGCCCUCCUCUCUCGUCAAUGCUCAGCUACCAACAGCAGCAGCACUUACUGCGCAGAGGGACUGCCCCUAUGGCCCAGAUGAACUCUCACAGUAUCUGGUGAGAACAGUAUCGGUUUUGGCCUCUCGGUGUCACCCCUGGCUGGUGGACACACAUGGAGGAUAAUCCUCUAAUGUCUAUAAUCAAGGAGGUGGGCCUUCCGAAACGACCUCAUCAGGGUGGGAAUGAUGAAGGACGAGAUUUGUCAGAGAGGGUACCACCUCCACGCGCUUCUUCCACUGUGAUUGGAUCCCCGCCGGUGAGGGCAGUGCCUAUUGGAACCCCGCCCAAACAGCCAAUGAGCCAUGCUCUAAACCAUCAGAUCCACCAUCCCAUGGCAGUUCAUGUGAGAGCCCCGGUCAGCACAGAUACCCCUCCUUUCCCUGAGCGCGUUUCACCCAACACCCUCCUCAAUAUAGCUGUGAACUCUCCGCUGUGUCGCGGUCCGUUCCCUCCCGGAGUUAGUACGGUCCUGUCUCAGAUUCAACGGGCCCAGCUGCUCAACUCUCAGGUGGUUGGUUUUCCUCGUGGUGGACCAGCGCCUCCUUUAUUACCGGGUGGUGGCAGUUAUAGGCCAUACUUCGGGGGGCCCCCUCCUCCAUCUCACAGAAUGGGCCCUCCCCCUCAUGGCCACCUCAACCACACGCCACCCAUCCGACACAACACCACCCACCUCCACCCCCAGCACCGCCGCAUGCUCACCCAGCGUAUGCAGAACCGGGGAGGGUAAGCAAGUGUGACUGGAGGGGACCGGCGAAGCAGGGACCCUAACAGUAACCUUAUGACUCAGAAAGAGAAGGAAUGGGUAACUAAGAUCCAGAUGAUGCAGUUGCAAAGUACUGACCCUUAUCUGGAUGACUACUACUAUCAGAACUACUAUGAAAAGAUGGAGAAACGUCAGGAAAGAGAGAGGGACAGCAGCAAGAAGGAACACACCACCAAACUGAUCACUCCACAGGUCGCCAAGGUUGAACACACUUACAGGCCAGUUCAGUUUGCAGGCUCACUGGGUAAGCUGACUGUCUCCAGCGUCAACAACCCUCGCAAGAUGAUUGAUGCUGUGGUGACGACCCGCACAGAUGACGAGGAGAAAAGAGAGAAACAAGUUUGGAACAAGAGGCGACAAAUCCUCUAUACUGUGGAGAAGAUGUAUAGUAUGCUGUUGGAGGUUCAAGACUUUGAGAAACGUUUUGUCCAGGCGCCAGAAGAAGACAGGGAGGCUCUUCUGGAGCAGCAUAAAACCAACACCAUGCAGCUGUGUAACACUCUCCGGGAGAAGGAGUGGGACGACAGAGUGAGUGAUGAGCAGUGUGUGAUGAUCAUGUCAGUGAGGAAGGGCAAGCGGCUCAUCUCUAGGCUCCUCGCCUUCCUUCCCUCACCCCAGGCCACCGCCAUUGUCAUGGCGAUUUCCCGCAACCUUCCUGCCCUGGCCAAGAAGGACAAGCAGGACCAGGUGCUGUGCUGGUUAGUGGAGCCGGUUUCCGCAGUGAUCCAGUCAUUGUCAAGCUCCGCCCUUACAGACUUGCUCCAGGAGCUUCAGGGCAGUGAGGGCCAACUAGCUACAGUACUGCACAACAAGUUUGGUGUGACACUGCUGUACAUGAUCCUGAGUGAAGGAGAGAGGAUGCAGAGCUCUGAUCCCAACUGUCAACUCAUGGAUGACAAUCGAUGGACUGAGUUGGUGUUUUCAGUGACGAGGGAGUUGCUCAGCGUCCCCAACUCAUCCCUCUCUCCGCCACUCUUCACGCCUCCCAACCUGCUCUCCCUUUUCUCACGCUAUGUCGAUCGGCAGAGGCUGGAGCUGUUACAGGACAAGCUACAGAUCACUACUUUGUCCAGUUAGAAGUUACAACAGACUAGAUGCAGAUCUUUCUUUUUGUGCGUGUGUGUAUGUAUGUAUGUGCACGCGCACGAGUGUAUGUGUGUGUGCGCGUAUGGGCACUUGAGAUGAAUCCCUUGUGGAUUGAAUUUUAAUACUGAAGAAUCUCUUGUGUGUGUGUUUGUGUAUGUCGACUACAAUGAAAUCUGCAUUUUUAAAUAUCUUGUUUACGAUUAUGCCUGUGAUGAACCUUCAAAUUAAAAAGUAUUUCUAUUA